GGUGCGUUGAGACAAAGGAUGGGUAUGCCGCACUGACAACUCGACACUUCCACUGCCAUCUCCAUCCCCCGCUUAAACCCCCCAAAUUCCUUUCCAUCACUUCACUUGUUCCUCCCAUGGCUUCUGCAGUCUUCAGACUCCUGAAAAGGCACCAAAGCCUCUCUUCAAAUUCAACCCCAACAAAAUAUUUCUCCAGAUUAAGGCACACUGCCAGUACAAGAAACCUCUACUCCAGAAUCAGUCCUCUGGGUGACCCUUCUCUCAGCGUAGCCCCAGUCCUCGACGAGUGGGUUCAACAGGGCCGGAAAGUCAAUUACUUUGAGCUCCACCGCAUCGUCCGAGACCUGCGAGCCCGAAAGCGGUUCCGGCACGCCCUUGAUGUUUCUGAAUGGAUGAGUAGUAAAGAUUCGUGCCAAUUUUUACCCGGUGAUUGCGCAGUGCAGCUUGAUCUCAUUGGUCACGUUCACGGUCUGGUUGCUGCAGAGAGCCGCUUUAAUAGCUUGAGCGAUGAGGAAAAAAGUGACAAAGUUUAUGGUGCACUUCUAAAUUGUUUUGUCAGAGAAGGCCUGGUCGAUAAGUCUAUUUCUCAUAUGCAGAAGAUGGGAGAGUUGGGCUAUGUUUCCACUCUCACAUACAAUGACAUUAUGUGCCUAUAUACGCGUACAGGCCAGCCCAAGAAAAUCCCUGAUGUGAUGUUUGAGAUGAAGGAGAAGGGUGUUUCUCCUGACACUUUUAGCUACAGGAUUUGCAUGAGCUCUUAUGGGGCGAGGUCUGAUCUAAGUGGCGUGGAGAAAGUUUUGGAAGAAAUGGAGAGCCAACCACUCAUCUCCAUGGAUUGGAUUACCUAUGCUAUGGUAGCCAAUUUAUACAUAAAAGCAGGUCUGCCCGACAAAGCGUUGGUCUACCUGGGAAAGAGUGAAGAGAAGGUGAAUAAAGAUGCACUUGGAUACAACCAUCUGAUUACUCUUUAUGCAAGCCUUGGAUAUAAAGAUCAUAUGAUGAGGUUGUGGAACCUCGAAAAAGCCAAGUGCAAAAAGCAAAUCAACCGGGACUAUAUAACCAUGCUUGGUUCUCUUGUGAAGCUUGGUGAGCUUGAAGAAACUAAAAAAUUGCUAGAGGAGUGGGAAUCAUCUUGUCACUGUUAUGAUUUUCGAGUGCCAAAUGUCCUCCUGAUCGGAUAUUGUCAAAAGGGAUUGGUUGAACAAGCGGAAGAAACUCUUCGAGACAUUGUCAAAAGAGGCAAGACUCCAAUCCCAAAUAGCUGGUCUAUUCUUGCUGCAGGGUAUGUGGACAAGCAGAAGAUGCAGAAGGCUUUUGAGUGCAUGAUGGAAGCUCUGCAUGUACGGGCAAAUAACACAGGAUGGAAUCCGAAAUCUGGUUUGGUUUCAAAUGUAUUGAAUUGGAUUGGAGAUAACGGAGACAUUGAACAUGUAGAAGCUUUUGUGACCUUAAUAAAGACUGUGAUUCCAGUAAAUAGUGAAAUGUACCAUACCUUAAUGAAGGCAUACAUCAGAAGCGGGAAAGAAGUAGAAGGGCUAUUACAGAGCAUGAAAGAAGAUCAAAUAGAGGCCGAUGAGGAAAUUGAUAGGUUAAGACAGACGCAAUGCUGAAACAACAUGAGGGCUUUUUAUGGUUAAUACUUUUCUCAAGUGAAUUUGGAAGGGGUUUUCAUGCACAACAAAUAACCUCAGCCUUCAUCAUUGACACAUUCGGUCACAACAAAGAGCUAAACAUGGUACUGGAGGUGCUCCCAGCUGCAACCAACAUUCAUCCGAAAGGGUAAGUGAUCUUAAAUACUGAGUAUUUGGUUAGGUGUCAAUUGUUGGAGAAUUAGAAUCAAAUUCAUGAUGAAACUUUUAUUGAAUUGUCUAACUUAAUAGUCCAUAUGUUCUUUGGUUCAGUUCAGUGUUCCAUUGGGAAUGUUUCGACAUUAAGAACAAUGUGUUCAUGUAAUUCUGUAAGAAACAUUGAUUGAAGGAGUUAUACGCCCACGUAAACGUGCAA